AUGACCACCGCACCGCUCGUUAGACGCCCCCGGCACGGCCCCCGCAUGGACGCACAGAGCCGGUCGGCCGAAGACGAGGAAGACAACGAUGGGCGGCCAGGGAGGCUCCUCGAACCUUCCCAACGGCUGCCUGGAGCCCGGCUACUGCGACUUGUUGCUCUGCAUGAUCCUCUACUUCGCGCUGGUCAUGGGGGCUGCCUUUCUGGCCGCGUACUACUCGUUACCGACAAGCACCAGUACUGCCGCGUGAUCAACGGCACGGCGAGCAAUGCCGGCGGUCGCAGCGGCGCCGCGGCCGCUCUCUUCGGCCUCCUGUACGCGACCGUGUUCGUGCUGGGUGUGUCGGGUAACGGACUGGUGUGCGUCGCGGUACUGCGCCGCCAAACCAUGCGCACCGUCACCAACCUGCUGGUGGCCAACCUGGCGCUGUCGGACAUCUUGCUGUGCGCGCUAGCGGUGCCCUUCACGCCGCUCUACCUGUUCCUGGGCCGGUGGCCGUUCGGCGCCGCCCUCUGCCACCUGGUGCCGUUCGCGCAAGGCGUCAGCGUGUACGUGUCCUCGCUGACGCUGACGGCGAUCGCGGUGCACCGGUUCCGCGCCGUCGUGCACCCGCUGCGACCGCGGCUGCUGCGGCCAGGAUCGUGCGGCAUCCUGUGCGUCGCCCUGUGGUUGGCCAGCGCGCUGCUGACGCUGCCUUACGCCGCGUUCGUCCGCCUGGUGCGCCACGAGCGCGCCGCCUACUGCGAGGAGGUGUGGCCCUCGGUUCGCGGGCGCCAGCUGUUCGGCGCGCUGACCACCGCCGCCCAGUUCGUGCUGCCGCUGGCCGUGGUGGGGGGCUGCUACGUGCGGAUCGGACAGCGCCUGCGCGGUCGCCGCCGCCGCAGGGCGCACCGCACGCAGCUGAUGUUGCUCGCCAUGGUGCUGGCGUUCGCGCUCGCCUGGCUGCCGCUCAACGCGUGCAACCUGUUGGCCGACUUCCACACGGCCUCGCUGGGAUGGCCCAUGGGCGACGUGCUGUUCCUCGCGGCGCACGCGGCCGCCAUGAGCUCGACGUGCUAUGACCCGCUCCUGUACGCCUGGUUCAACGACAACUUCCGGCGCCAGUUCGUGAGCAUGCUCCACCCCGACGAGCAGCAGAACACCAUGCUCGAGACGCUGCGUAGCGACGACCCGCGGUGCAAGGCGAGCGAUCACAACCGGUGCCCAUCUGCCCAGGCAUUCAACACAGAGACGGACGCAACGCGAAGCGUCGCUGCCACAUUCGUGUGAAUAAACAUUUUUCCGUAGCCGUCGGCGGUUCCGUGCAACACAUACGUUCGAGACUCAAGACUGACCUCAACACCAUUUCGACUGGGGCUUGUUACGCCACAAACAGCGGCGAUGUGGGUUCAUGUGCCUUUCUUGUGUCGUGUUUUUUUUUUUUCGCCAUACUAUUCCAAGACGGAACUGACUACGAGUUCCACUAAUUAGUAAGGAGAUUUCUCUUUUCCCAUGAUAGUACGCGUUUAGAUGCGCUUGGCGUGUUAUAUUAAUGCACGCAAACAGGCAACCGCCGAGCGGAGCGAGCGCGAGCACCAACAACCACCGUCUUCUUCGUCUUCUGCUGGCGCCCGUAUCUCUCACUGCACCAAUGCUACGUAACUUCACCGCCCCGAAUAAACUGCAGCGACUGAAAACAUUUCAUCAUUGGGACAUCCAUAUGACAAUCCGUCAUCCACGUACCGCUUCGAAGACAAAUAGGACGCAUGGCGGACGUCCAAUUUCGGAUAUCCUAUCAAGGACAUCUCAAAUAUGUCGCAUCUGGACUUUUUUAGCGAUUAAGGUAUGAAACGCGAAGUUCGGUUGAAUAACCUGACCGAAAGCCCUACUGUUUAAAUGAUAAUAGAUUACAUUUUGCUAGGUAAGAUGCUAAACGUGUAUGAAAAUAAAUUACAUGCAGAAUCUCCUCUUAUCUAAAUGAUGCGCAAGCAUUUGUUACUGAACGCGUGCUGUUUCGUCGUUUACUGCUGCAUUUCGCAAAACUACGAGAAGCACCGCGAAAGAAUCGUGAAACGGAGAAGCGCAGUUGCAACACCGAAAUGUCAACUGAGACAUCAGCAUGAGACGACGAAGAUGAGGCAUAGUAGCAGUGUUCGCGAACGUUAUAGAUGACUCCCAGACGAUGUGGACGUGGGAUGAAAUGACAAGAAAUUUUGUAAAUUAAGCAAAUAUAUGCAACAUUUAUUGUGUACACUGUCUCUUGCUUACUUCCUGUUGCGUUUCUUCUUUCGCUUCAAAUUUGAGGAUGGUGCAUUUGGGUGGUGCCGCUGCUUCGUGGAAGAUGAGCACUGGCCGAGGCGUGCUGUAGUACGUGGCAUAAUUGAACAGGGUCGCGUUUGGUAGACCUCGAAUAAACGUGGUCGAUGACGCUGCCUUCUCUCGAUGCGAACCAUUAUCAACCGUACGCCGGCGACGGCUGUGUAUGGCGCGGCCGCGCGGGCCUUAUCUUGUAAGCGACCUGCGAUGGGGACACAGUACUCCGAGUGCUGAUAGCUUUGUGUGCGCAGUGCUCCCGCCGUGUAGUUCGCCUUGAAGCAAGAGGCAGCACGAAGGUCAAUUCGCUCGCUGCUGCAGGCCAUAUCUUGAAAGCGAUUGUGUUGCGUAACGGACGGACGGGUUUCCUCGUUGGAUACGUACGGAAACGCUUACACAUUUAAGUCUUUCAAUUAUUGUAAUAAAAAAAUUUUAAAAUUAAAUUCUGGUGUUAUACG